CAUGAUGCCUUUUGUUCAGCUCACCAUUUUAUGACUUUGGAGAUUAGGUUAAUUAAAACCAAGAUACCUCACUGGCCAAUCUUAACGGAGCAAUGCAGGGGUUGGGUUAGAAAGCUUACACAAAUGUAUGAAUGAGUCAUAAAUACUAUGUUAUCCAACACAGUAAAGGGGACAAAGUCUCGCUCUUUAUGUGUUCAGAGUUACUAAACAGAGUCAUAAACAGAAGGCAGUUUAGGUGGUACCUUGUGUUUUUUAUCCAUUUAUGUUUUUACCUAAGAUGUGUGUGUUGACUCUGGUGUUGUAAGUUUCAAACACGUACACGUGUUCAUGAUCCCAACGUCAUAAAAGUCAUGCAAUUACACAACGGGUUUUUUGUUAAAAUGAAGUGAAGACCCUCACUUUGCACCAUUCUGUGGAGAGCAAUCAUCCAGGAGGACUUAGCUAAUAAGUGAUAGGUUGAAGCAUCAAGAAUGGCAAAACACAACAUUGGUCUUCUGAUUGCCAUGGCGGUGGCUCUGAUUAUCUUCAUCAUCACCAUGGUGUUCUCCGCUCUGGCAGCAGCAGGAAGCUCCCCAUUUUUGUACGACACCAGCAAUAUUUCUGCUCAGUUUGUCAUCCAGCUCACACCAUCAGGUUGGACCUUCACCAUCUGGACCAUCAUUUAUAUCUUUCUGGCUUUGGUGAUGGUGUACACCUUCUGUGGCAUCUUCAGAAAGAACGCUUAUGGUUAUGUCUACUGCAGCCCUGCUGUCCUACCGUAUGGCUUUUAUGCGUUUUGGUGCUUGAAUCUGGUCCUGAACGUCUCAUGGCUGUUCCUGUGGGACAGAAUGUUCAUGCCUGCCGCACUUGCUUUCCUCAUCCUAAUUGCACUGACUAACUACGCUGUGAUAUUCUUCUCCUGCUACGGUCUGAGCCAAUAUGGAGCCUGGCUCAACAAAUACCACAAAGUAGACCUGUGGCUCCAUCGAGUGUUGAUUCAGAAUGGGAUAUCCAUAUAUGCCACAUGGACAACCAUAGCAUCACUUGUUAACCUCACCAUUGUGUUAGUGUACGACGCCAACGUAUCCAACACAGAUGCUGCCACGAUUUCCCUUUCACUUUUGACUGCAGUUGUGGUUGCAUGGUUUUUCUUGGAAAACUUUGUCUUCGACAAACAUGUGAGGUUUAUUCUCACCAUCUACCCGGUUGUGAUUUGGGCACUGACGGGCGUCUUCACAGAAAACUACAACGCUGCUGAUCCCACUCGCAAUAACAUCUUCAUUGCUGCACUGUUGGGCGUCGCCUGCUUCCUGUUUGUCACACGGAUACUUCUGGUCACCUGGAGGCAAGUCAAAAACCCGCUCUACAAAGAUGUAAACCCUGACGACAUGUCACCGAUGGAGAUUGCAGAGAAGCAGAAAAAGAUGUUUAGAUGAACGUCUUGACUGAAUGUGUUUGUUUGAGGUCUUUAUUUUAUCACGGACUUUAUCCUGUGACCCUUGUGAAAUGUACCUGAAAAUUCUUUGCAUAUGUUCUCUAAGUUUAUGAUAGGUUUGUCCUUGAAAAGACUGCUGACUCGUGAUGAAGCCUUUAUGAACCCAUAUGAUAAACAGCCGUCAACAUGCUCUGAUGUCCCUGAUGGAUCAAAAAAACGUGUGUGCUGUUUUUAUCUUAAGACAUGUUUUGUCCUUUAAACUUAUUAAGUGUUGCCAUGUUAUUGUUUGCUUUUUGGAUUAAUUUGCUUUUCUAUUGUAAAAAAAUAAAGUUUGACUCAAUAUA